ACGGCACACGCCCCGCACCUGAUAUACUCCCUACGCGCCACAAUCGGACGGCAAAAACACUGGGGAAGCGUCCAGCUGCAGAUGCAAUCCUGGACUACCGGGCAACGAAGCAGCCUCGACUCGGCAUCAACGAGGAUUCGGUGACGUCGAGGUGGACGAGGGUGCUUUACGAAGUCAUAGAUCUGACGAAGGACACUUUCACCUACCUGGUUUUCGGUGACGGCCCGGUGUUGCCGGUGGCUGGCACCCCUCAGAUACCCAACGCAAGACAUCAUCCUGUCCGUUAUCCUCGCGCUAUGCCAUCGCGACAACGUCUGCAAUCACAGUACGGAAAAGCCAUGCUGCCUCCUGUCCCAAACGGCGUCGAGGACGGGUCCCAUCCACCAUCUCUACCCAAUGGGACAGCUAAAGCCUCGACCUCUUCUCUCUACGACGAACCGUCGAGAUCAUCUCUUGACUCGGGGGUGCAUAUAGCUUCGACAAGUUCUGGUGGUUCGACUGCGGUUGACCGAAUGCCGGGUCCUCCACCUCCUCGGAAAACUAGGGCGGAGCCGCUGGAGUUGAGAGAGUUCAGAUACAGGGAACAACUGCGUGCACUAGAAAGUCGACCGCAUAUAUUGCAGGAAAAGCACCGUGCUCAAGUCCAGCAUGACCGCCGGAGAGAUCAGGAGGAAAUGCUGCACGAACUUUACCGGAUUAAACGAGGCUUAGGCUACAAAUCCGAUAUUGGUGUUUUCCGAGAACUCCUCACAUAUAAGCAACGCUUGGAGCGCAUGGAACACAAGGAUAUUCUCUCGCCGUCACGGUCCAUGAGCGAUAUACGCUCCACCUAUUCCGACGAGAGUUCAUCAACUCUCAAUCGUAGGCAUUCUUCUUACGAAGACUUGCAGCCUGAGUUCCUCCAGCGUGCUCUCCAAAACGCUCGGGCAACAUUGAACAGCCCGAAACCGCCCCGGCCAUUUAGUCCAGAACACGAGCGGAUACGCACUACACAUAAGGCGUUCGAUGAGUUGAUCGAGCAGAGAUUACGUCCCAAACGGCCUCCUCUUCCCGAGUCGUUGCCUGCUCCCCAAGAAGCCGAGGUGAAGGCUCUCCUCAAGAAACGGGGUGUCAUCUCGAAGUACGCCAGAGAGCAAGUCUCGGAUCGCGACCUUUGUCGCUUGGCGCCUGGGCAGUGGCUCAAUGACGAAAUAAUCAACUUCUAUGGGGCAUUGAUUAUGGGUCGGUCUGAGGGAAGCAAGGAGAAUCCAGUGCCGAAUACCGCCACCGGCAGCCCUAAGGCUGGCGGUGCCAAGGUUUUGAAUGUGCAUUAUUUCAGCACGUUUUUCUGGACGAAAUUAACUACGGAUGGUUACGACAAGGGUCGCUUGGCCAAGUGGACAAAGAAGAUCGACAUCUUCUCUAAAGACGCCAUCCUGAUACCAGUGAACCAUAACAAUACGCACUGGACAGCGGCUGCUAUCAAUUUCCGCCGGAAACGAAUUGAGUCAUACGACAGUAUGAACAUGAAUCGGACGGCAGUGUAUAAGCACCUCCGGAAUUACCUGGAUGCGGAACAUCGCAAUAAGAAGAAGACACCAUUUGAUUUUACUGGUUGGGUGGAUUAUGUACCCACGGGCACUCCCCAGCAGGAGAACGGUUACGACUGCGGCGUAUUUACUUGCCAGGUGCUCAACUACCUAGCUCAAGAUUUACCUUUGGACUUCACCCAGCAAAACAUUCCGUAUCUUCGGAAGCGGAUGAUCUGGGAGAUCGGCAACACAAUCCUUCAGAGUUAACUGCUCAAUGUUCCAUAAUUGUCUUGCCCGCCCUUCAUCCUCGCGUAGCCUACCUCAUUAUUAUUUGUCUUUAUUCGCAUAUUUGUUUC